UUCUCACCUGACUCACAUUCACACCUCUCUCUGAGUGACCGCUGAAGUUUGAGCAGAAUCAUGAGUUUACCGGACUAUAAAACAAUUGGAAAACAGUCCUCAGCACCUGUGCAGUCGAAAUCCCAGGUUGUGCGUCUGAACAUUGGAGGUCAUGUGUUCAGCACGACGCUGGGAACCAUCCGUAAAUUCCCGAACUCCACUCUGGCGGAGCUGAUAAAUGGAUCCAGCAAACGCAUGGACUCUGAGGGCCGCUACUUCAUAGACCGCGACGGGACGCAUUUUACACACAUCCUGGAGUAUCUCCGAACAGAAAAACUCCCCAGCGAACACUUGCAGGAGGUGCACAAAGAGGCGCUUUACUACGACAUCAAACCUCUGGUCAAAGCCAUCGAGGAGACGCCGCAGUUUUUCGGAGAGACCGUCGGAAGGCAGCAGUUUUUAGCCCGCGUGCCCAAUUAUCGAGAAAACCUGGAGGUGAUCGUACGUGUGGCCAGAGCCGAGGCCAUCGCUUCUCGACACUCCAACAUUAUCGUGUGUGUUUUAAGGACAGAAGACGAUUUAUCCAGAUAUAAUGAUGCUAUCGACAGCCUGGACGCUCCCAGAGAGUCCGUGGUGAGCUUUGGUCCAUGGAAAGCUCCGGCAUCUGUUGAGGAUCUGUUAGAUUGCGUCAAAAUGGACAUAGAAGCUAAAGGAUAUAAAGUAAAGAUUCAAGCGCACAGUGUAGAUAAAGGGUUUCUCUUUAAGAGCUACGGCUUCUUCUAUAAACUCAUUUUCACCUGGUGGUAAGGGCUGGAAACGCCUAUGCAACCUAUUUUAUCCAUCUAUGCAACAAUUAUAAUGUAAUAUAAUAAUAUAAAUAUAGCAAUUAAUGCCAAUUGAUAGUUAUACAGUGAAUGCCCUUCCAGCUGCAACCCAGUACUGGGAAACACCCAUACGCACUUGCAUUCAUACACAUACUACGGUCAAUUUAGUUUAUUCAAUUCACCUAUAGCGCAUGUGUUUGGACUGUGGGGGAAACCGGAGCACCGGCAGGAAACCCACACCAACACGGGGAGAACAUGCAAACUCCACACAGAAAUGCCAACUGACCCAGCCGGGAGCUUCUUGCUGUGAGGUGAAAGCGCUAACCAUUGAGCCACCGUGCCGCUCUAAUAUGAUUUCUCUAUUUAGAAUUUGCAAGCAAUAGUUUUCUGAAAUUAUAUUAUUAAGGAGAAAGUCCGAUGUGUGAAUAUAAAACCAACAUUACCCCAGUUAUGACAGACGACUGUCAGUGAAUGAUGGGUAAUAAUAUUUUAUCUGUCAGGAUGUGUUCAGCCCUUGUUUAAUAUUGACUCUAGUCUUACUGUCCUGUCAUGUGGCCUAAAAAAGCAUGUGCAUGAAUGUCUCUGAAACAUUUAAAGGGCACCUAUGACGAAAAUCAACUUUUGGAAGCCGUUUGGACCGAACUGUGUGUAGGCAUGUGUUCAGUGUCGUCUGCGGUGAUAAAAAGACAAUAAAGCCCAAUCCCAAUUCUAUUUUUAUACUCCUACCAUUUCCCCUUGGCCAUUGAAACAGAGUCUGAAGGAGAAGGGCUUCAAAAUCUACCCCUAAGAAAUGGGACAGCACUACAACAACACCUGCACAUGUCAUCAUUUGUCAUCACGAUCUCUUGCUUCAUAUGAGAUCAGAUGAUGGCGACUGCUGUAGUCAUUCGUUGUGUUAUUUUUUUGUAUUUAUCUUCAGGAAACAACUGAAGGCAUAUAUCAUGUUAUCAUGCUGAUCAAAUGUAGCAAUAAGCUUGUAACUAUACUGUGCAUUUACACAGUGGCCAUAUUCAUCAUGUAAACAACAUUAACAUCAUAGCAGACACUGUAAAAAGCUCAUUCCCGGCCACUAGACUAUUCUGAAAGGGUAUUCGAGUGUCAGAAUGUUGUGGGACUGCUGUACAGGAGUUAUUAUUAUGGAUUAUAGAUGACAAAAUUUAGCUGAAUUUUUUUUAUUUUAGCGUUUAAAAAAAUAAAAAAUAAAAAAAGCAUGACGGUAAAUGUAUUAAAGGGCACCUAUGGUGAAAAAUCUACUUCUCAAGCUGUUUGGACAGAAAUGUGUGCAAGUAUAGUGUAUAAACUGUCAUAUUGGGGUGAAAUUAACACACCCAGUCCUUUUUUUUCAAAUUUAACAACAUAAAAACGGUGGACCAAUUGGAGCGGUUUUCAGAUCGACCACAACUUUACGUAGAAGUGCGGUUCCCCGCCCACCAAUAUUGAUUGACAGCUGCACAUUAACAUGUCCGGUAGUCACGUGUAUAAUCAUAUCAACAAGAGAGGACAAGCGCAAAGCAGCCGGGAAUAAAAGGUGUGUUCAGUUCACUAGGAUCAUCAAACGUGAUCAAGAGUGAGUUUCACAAGUUUAACAUGUUUUAAAACAGAGCACGUGUGUAAUGAAUUACAGAGACUUACUUCACCUCAGCACAGCCGCGUGUCAGAACAAUUAUAAAGGAAGACGCUUCAAUCCCGCUUUGUGGACGUUAAAUCGGGUUUAUUUUGUACAUUAACAUAACAGAUAUCCAUACAGCAGUGGAGAUUAACCUGUAUCCUGUCACAUAUGCGUGCAAAACGAGUGCAAAGCUUAACGCGCUGUCUGAUGCAAAAAAUGCAUCAAAUACUGAUUGUUAAAGUUCUUACUGUAGUAUUUCUCACACACGUUACGUUAGAUCUGCUUCCUGAGGCAGCCGAGGGCGGCGAUUGCUUUCAGGCAUGUGGGAACGGUGGGCGGGGAGGACUAGCCUUAAAGGGCCAGUACAAAAACACAGCAAAACCUUAUUUCCAGCUAUAAUACAGACACUUCAAACAGCUCUAAUAAAUAAUCUGAUGGGUGUGUUGAGCUGAAACUUUACAGACACAAUCUGGGGACACUAAAGACUUAUAUUAAAUAUGAAAAAAGGGGUAACCUAUGUGCCCUUUAAAUCAUGUGCUUGUUUGUUGUAAAAAUGUGUAAUAAUGACAAAAAAUACUAAUUUGUGCAUCUCCUUACUUCUGUGUGCAGCCAUGCUGCCGUUCUAGAUGGUGUAUUCUGGGGAAUUUUUGUACCCCUUGGUUUGGAGUGUAAUCCUGAAAAAUCUGUUUCAAGGGCUAUCUAGAUCUUCCCGUUAGCCCUACGCCUUCAAGCUAAGAGAAUUGGGACACCCCUACCCCUUCACGUGAACGCGCAAAACGAGCGGUAAGGGCUAAGGUGUACAAUUGGGAUUGGGCCUAAGUCUCUUUUUAAAAAUAUUUUCAAGUUAAAAUAGGAUCCAAAUUCCUCCCGCUUUGAGGCCCACCGCAGCGUGACAUAGGAGUGCGGUUUCCACACUUACCGAAUCAAUUGACCGUCGCGUAUUAACAUGUCUCCGUAGUUUCUAGGAUUAAAAGAUCGCUGUGAUCAUCAAUAAUCAUCAAAUGUGAUCAAGAAUGAGUUUAAAAUGUUUAAAACAAUGCAUGUUUGAAAUAAAAUAAGUUAAAGACAGUAAAAUCGCUGUAAUUCAUCACCACUGCUGCAUGUCAGUGUAAUUACAAAACGAGAUGCUUUAAUCCUGGUUUGUUGACAUUGAAUCAGGUUUAUUUUGUACAGUAACAUAACGGAUAUCAUGCAGAAGUGGAUAUUAACGUGUAUUCUGUCACAUUUGCCAUGCAAAACAGUGCAAAGUUAAACAUGUUAAGCAAACUUUGUAACGACAUUGUGUGUGACUCAUCGUUACAAAAAGGCUUGAAUUCACUCCACAACAAAUAUAUCAAAUAACCGAUGGGGAAAGUUCUCGCUGUAGUAGGGAGAUCUGCUUCAUUCUUGUCUGUCACUGUGCUGUUUAUCUGACGUGAGACGCAGCAGGAGUGUAGGUUACCCAUCAGAGUGAUACAGAGAGAUCUCUGUGGCUCUGACACGUAACAGUGGGCGGGGCGAACCAGUUCAUUAGGAUUAAAAGCAAAGGCAACAGCUACAAUGUGCUCAGAGCGGAGAAACCUAAUAUUCUGAAAGGUAUAAUAAAUAAUCUGAUGGGUGUUUUGAGCUGAAACUUUACAGAGACAUUCUGGAGACACAAAAGACUUAUCUUAAAUCUUUAAAAAGAGGUAAAAUAGGUGCCCUUUAAAGAAAAUUAGGAAUAGGAAUAUACCUUUUAGUAAAAAUUUAUUAUUAUAUUUUGGCUAAAAUUAGUGUGUUAUUGAUGAAUCAUCUGAUUGUGGUUAUAUGAUCUGAUUGCAAUUAUUUGGGAUAAUAAUAGUGAAGUUUAAAGUUUAUUUUAACAAAUUUUGCUAUUCGAAUAAAGAAAUUCACGCAGAUACAUAAAUGCAGCCAAGGGAUAUAGUGCAAAACAGUGCAGUUUAACGUUUCUAAUUAAUUAUUUUGUAUUUAAUUUCUUUACAUUAAUGGAAUGCUAAAGACACUUAUAUUCCUGUAUACAAGGUGUAUUGAAGCAUUAGGAUUUAUUUUAUUUUAACUUCAUUACAUUUCAGCUACAUUUCAAAGAAGUAAGUUAUUAUUAGUCUGGAUUUGAUGUCAUUAGGAAUGUGUUUUGAAUAAAAUAUUGGUUAGUGUUAUGCUUUUUGUUAGGGAUAAAGUACAUCCAGCAGGCUGUUAUCUCAGAAUAUGAGCCUGUGUUAUUUAGUGGUUGUUAUUUUGGGAAAACAUACCCUGGAAUGUCACAGCUGACCAAUCAGAAGUGAGUUUUAUUAGUCUUAAUAAUGAUAAUUUAAUAUAUACUGUGUGUAAUGUGUAACGUUUUGGCAUGUAUUAGGCAGAUGAUAGCAUCCAAAAUGUAUUUCCCUCCAUUCAGGAUUCAUGCGAUCUGUUCAUGAAUGCCCAAUUUGUUUUAUAAGAAUGACCAUUUAUAGCAGAAUUAGGUGCAGUUUAUACACUAAUAUUAUUAUUGCUAUAAUUUGUUCCAUAUCUGUAUAUGUUGUCUGUUCAGUUUUGUAUGUACUCAUUGUCUGCUUCAUUUUGUUAACUGAUCAAU